AUGGAUGGUGAUGACCGACCUGAGCCUAUGGCUCCGUGCCUCCAACUAGGCACAUUCGCAAAGCUGCCAACAGAACUUCGCUUUCUCAUAUGGGAGUAUCUUUUCAGCGAAAUCCACAAAAUUCCCGGUGCCUUAUCCAUUCUUUACUGCAGUCGCCAUCUCUACAAAGAGGUUUCAAGUCUCCUUUACCAUGGGAUCACGCACAUCAUCAAAAUAUACGGUGUUUACAACAGCCGAAGAUGGCUGACGGUCCACUUGAUGUCACGAAGGCUGGCCCUCGUGUGGGAUCUGAAGGACGUCGAAACUGCCCGAAGACACCUUCACAACUUCCCUCACGCGAGAACCCCCCGCAAACAAAUUGUGGUCAACAAUUUUCCAUCGCAAGACGACCCUGGUCAGAUUGUGCAGUUGUGGCAGAGGAUUAACCAAUUCAUCGACAUCAUCAAAAAGUUGCCCUUUGUGCCACACUUAAGAGUGAUGUUAGAGAAAUCAUGGUACCGCGAAGGAAAGCCGAUCGAGAGCAUCAAGUACCCUACCGGUUGUCGUCCCGACCAAGACAUCGUGGUCAUGUCUUUUUUGCGCCUCUCGGAUUGGUGCUUUUCUGUGUCGCCUCAAUAUGGUACUAUGAUCACCAACGAACCGGACUUGUCAGACGCUUCCCUCCUCCACAAGACCAUAAAGCAAGUCGACUCGAACAAAUGCUAUCGCAUCAAAUCCAAGUCCGGGAACUUCCACGGUGACGAAUGGCUGGCCGACACCCGGCUUUUCCUUGACCGAAAGCUGGACGUGAUCCCCGGCCCCUCGGCUCCGUUUCUUCGCUUGGAGCGAUUCCAGCACUGGUAUGUGGAUGGCAACAGCUGGACAUCAGCAUAUGAGAGAGAAACAACUGAUCACGGAUCUUCGCACCAAUUACCAGCUGGUUCUGAAGCAUGA